AUGAGCUGGUGGUGGAAACAGAAGCCUGCCUCGAGCAGUCAUGAUGGCAGAGGAGAUGCUGCCACCACUGUGUCCAUUCCUCAGACUCAGGAGGAGGUCACCAAUGUUUCUGCUGUUCCGCUUCCUGAACCCGUCAAGCGCACCCUUACCCGUGAUGAGCAAAGUGAGCUGGAGUUGAUGGAAUUCCUGAAGGAAAUUCAGGCACAAGCAGAUGUGGACCAAUCUCAGGGAACGAAAUCCAAACCAUCUGCAGCACCAUCGCAGCAAACACCUGGGGCCACAGACAUCUCUCCCGACUCCAUCUAUCCAACCGAGAUCUCUUGCAGGUCUGCCUUCGACUAUGCCAUGUUCUGCCAGAGCUUUGGAGGUCAAUUUGUCAAUGUCUAUCGCUACGGUUCCUUCCGGUCAUGCUCAAAUCACUGGGACGACUUUUGGCUGUGCAUGAAGACCAGGAACUGGAAAAAGGAGGAUCGUGAGAGAGCCAUACAGGAGCAUUAUCGAAAGAAGGCGGUGAAGUGGAAAACUGGCCCGAGCAGUGAAGAUGUCUGGGAGGUGCGACGGGAGCCUGUUAAGGAUCCUUUCUGCGGGAAUUUGGCAGAACUUGAAGCUCAGAUGGCUGAGUACAAGAAGAACAAUCUAGCUGGACCUGGACUUUGGACGCCGACAAAAUGA